UUUAAAUUGAAAGUCAAAUCGAGACUCGGAUUCAGAUAGUGCCGAGUUCUGAGACCGCCCAGACAGCAAAAGCCAUCAUUAAAAUCUAAAUCGAGAUGUCCCUCACUGAGCAAUUCAAUGCCGCCGCCGAGAAGGUGAAGACGCUGACCAAGCGUCCCAGUGAUGAAGAGUUCCUCGAGCUGUAUGCCCUCUUCAAGCAGGCCACCGUUGGCGACAAUGAGACCAGCAAGCCCGGCCUUCUGGACCUGAAGGGCAAGGCCAAGUGGGAGGCCUGGAGCAAGCAGAAGGGCAAGUCCACCGAGGCAGCACAGAAGGAGUACAUUGCCUUCGUCGAGGGUCUGGUGGCCAAGUAUGCCUAAGCUCAAAGCCAGAGCCAAACUGAAUUGAUUUUACACAACAACCAGAGAGACUAAAUCUAUUUAUACACAAAUUGUAGAUAAUACGGAACAAGAUCUUCUUAAUGCCUAAUAAAACUUGAUUACUAACUUUUGUACACACAACGAAA